CUUUAGGUCAUGCUCACAUGUCAACAAACCGGUCUGGGUCAAGAUCUGCUCCAAAUUCUGGGGAAGUAUUCAUACUAUAACGCUAGAUUUAAGGGUUGACGAUGUGUUCUUCGGUAUGACACCGGUAUAGGGUGCUGCAAGGAAGACAGAAAUUGAUCCCGAUCCGUUUUUCAGUCAGAGGUUUUACCCAUCUCCCCACCCACCCAUGGAGUGGAACAGUGUGCAGGUGACCCAGGAUGAACAUGUGGCGGUGGUGAGGGGUACGGUACUCUCGCCAUGUCGGAGUCUCCAUGUCGUGGGCAGCAGGGCUGUGCUCAUCACCGGCAAACAGGUCCGAAGUCUUGACCUUGAUGAAGCUGUGCUAAGAGGUGACAAGGAAGUGUCCUGGAAAUGUCUGGAGGUAGCUGGGACGCCCCCUCUUGUACUGAGCAAGAACUGCCCCAGCGUGAAGUUUGGGGACUACAUCAUAUUCCUGAACGGGCACAGGGAGAGGAUGUACCCCUGGGACGACCAGCACAAAGCUUCAGUCUUCAUCCUGGACAUGACAAACUCAGACAAGCCAAGAUGGUGCCACCCUAAGAUGUCUGGUGACAUCCCCCGUAACUUUGAGGCUGUCUUCUUGUUGGACGAGUCAGCCAACAAAGCUUACACCUACCGCUGGAGUACCGGUCCCACCCACCAGGGGCGCCUCUGGGCCCUGGAUCUGAAAACCUUCGUGUGGAGCAAAACUAAAACAUUUGGUGACGAACCAGAACCAAGAUAUGCUAGCAGUGUCUGCACACUGGAUGGGAAAAUGUACUACAUGUUUGGAAACACCAAGCAGAUGCAGAAUGACUUCUUCACCCUGGUUCUAAACACUGGUCAGUGGCAGAGAGGCACCCCAAGCGGCACCCUUCCUGACCCAUGCAAUGGUGCAGGUGCAGUGGUAGAUGAUGUCACAAAACGCAUCUACAUUGUAGGUGGCCACUUUGGUCAGGACUGUGACCAAGUACGCAUCCUAGAUGCUUCCAGUCCUGAUGAAAAGUAUGUCUGGUCCAAAGUGCCACCCAAAGGACAAGCAGCGGACAGCAGGUCGGACCUUGUGAACUCGUUCUGUGCUAUCGGUUACAAUGACGACACCAAGCAGAGCUUUCUCGUCCAGCUGGGUGGUUUCAGCGGCAGAACCAUGAAGGAGACACCUGAUGUUUUUGUCGUCUUCCCUUUUGAGGCUUCAUACGUUAAAAGAGAUGCUCCAAGCCUUCAUCUGAAAGGCACAGAUAUAGCCCAGGGGGACCCAGAGGAUGACCGGCGGAUAUCGGUCCAUGUGCCAUCCUCGGUGGAUGACCAUCUGGCUGCAGCCCUCCCUCUUCCAGUCAUCAGGAAGCUUGCAGAGAUCAGCGGUGUUACUGACACAAAGUCCUCCAUCAGAAAAGAUGUGUUCCUGGCUGUUCGAGAACAGGUUUCAGACUUUCUGAACGACAUUGUUCCACGUGCUCUGGAACACCACAAGGAGCUGCUUGAUGAUGACGAUCGCCAGCCUGAGGACUUGGAUGACUGGGAACAGGAGAGUCAGAUAGAUAACUACAUAUCACCAGAGCUGUGUAUUUGGCAGGAGUACCUGACCACCAGGAGGACAGACCUGAGUGUGUGCUCCAUCCUAGCAGCCCUGCAGGACUUCAGUAAGGAGAGAGGAGACCUCCUGAAGGACCUGAUAGGCAGCCUGACUGUGGAGAGGGUACAGAGGAGCAUCGUGUAUGAAGUUGUCCAUGUGACAUAUGAUGCAGGGGAGGCACCUGAAUUUGACCAUGAAUCUAUCAGGUCGGAGCCCAGUGACAUGGACUCGUCCUUUGUGCGUUACAUGAGUGAUGGUGAGGAGAGUAACCCCGGGGAGUGGUGCAACCGUGUGGAGAGGGCCGUCAGCAGGCUGGAGAUGGCCAGGUCCAUGUCUGAGGAGAUCUGUUUCCUCUAUGGAAGGCCUGAUGCGUUCCACCAUGUGGUGUGCUACAUCCUGUAUGAGUGGGGGUUCUGUGACAGGAUCACCAAGACAGCACAGUUCCUCCUCCAGAGGGCAGCGGAGUUCUUCACCUGUGUCUUGUUCUCACGGACUGUUACAGCUCUUGACAGGGGAGACAUAAAAGCAGAGGUUCUGACACCUGACGUGAUCCAGUGGGUGUUUGUGGAGCUACCAAGUGCACCUGCCCUGAUUACGGGUAUUCCAGAUGCCACCACACCUGAAGACAAUGAUGACAACCUGGAGCAGUAGAUUCAUUUACAACACAUGAUAUGACAGUUUUUUUAUAUGAUGUCACAUGCAUACAUGUUCCACUUCUAAUUAGUAUUUGAGGUAUCAUUGUUUCAGUGCAUAUAUUAGAUGUUAUGUACACUGUGUAUAUGAUAGUUUUCAACUCUCUUCAUAAUGUACAUGGAGUCUUGAUUUGUUAUGCUCAUGAGGUGUUUAGUAUAGUCUCUGCUUAAGUGCACGGUCAUCAGUUCUCUGGGCAGAAUCAAAUUGAAGUCCUCAAAAAGAUGUAAACUUAGUGCCAUCUGCUUAUAUUUGCCAAGAUAUUACUAUAUUCAAUGUUGUCACCAAGACCUUGAAUUCAAAGCAUUUUGUAACUGUAAGCAAAAGGCAGAAUCUGAUGUUUCUCAUAUUACUAACUUAGUUUGUAUUAUGGUGUAUUGUUACUGAUGUCAGGGAAUCUUAGGCAAGAAUCAGUGAGCUGAGGGGAAAUACCUUGAGAUGGUAUUAUGACUAUUGCUUCAAAUAUAAUGACUAUCAAUAAAAUAGUGUAUCAUUUAA